AGGUUUUGGUGUGUCUGGUUGUGCGACAUGUGAUGGAUUCUUUUUUAAAGACCAAAUAGUUGCUGUUAUUGGCGGGGGAAACACGGCUGUUGAAGAGGCCUUAUUCCUGACAAACUUUGCAAAAGAGGUCAUAUUGAUCCAUCGCCGUGAUGAAUUGCGUUCAGAAAAAAUUCUUCAAGAUCGCCUAUUAAAACAUUCCAAGAUUCGUCCUCUUUGGAACCAUGUGGUGGAAGAAUUUUGUGGUGAAGAAAAUCCCAACCGCCUGACUCACCUGAAAGUUAAAAAUGUUCUAACAAAAGAAGUCUCUGAUUUGCUUAUAGACGGUGCUUUUGUUGCUAUCGGACACAAACCAGCAACAGAUAUUUUCAAAGGGCACGUUGAUAUGGAUGACCAAGGAUAUAUUCGUGUCCUUCCCGGAACACCACGCACAGACAUCCCAGGGCUUUUUGCUGCUGGAGACGUUCAUGAUCACAUUUAUCGCCAAGCUGUAACCGCAGCCGGAUUUGGGUGCAUGGCUGCUUUAGAAGCUGAACGUUUUCUCGCAGAACAUAACGCUUAA